CUGACAUGCAGAGCAAGAUAUCAGAUAAAGCAACACGUGCAGCUGGAGAGCCACACGAGCAGCUUGACGCACCUGAGCAUUACAGUCAACCCAGCACCUCCUACACAACCCAGAUCCUCUCACAGUCCUUCCUCACAGCCUCAACACUCGCAGGCAGACUGGCACACUGAGGAGGGGCCACCUGCCUUGUUCUGUAGCCUCAUGAAGUUGCAUUCAGAAUGUGAAUGGGAAGGAGUUGUCCAAAUCGAGCCAUGAGGAGACUGUGGAGGCAUUCCGUGCUGCCAAGGACCCCGUCGUGGUGCAGGUCAUCAGGCGGACCCCCAGCGGGCGCCCCCACGGCCUCCCUCAGGAAAUCCAUGUGGUGGAUGUGUGCACUCAGACCGACAUCACCUUUGAACACAUCAUGGCGCUGGCAAAGCUCCGGCCUUCGACCCCUCCUGUGCCUGACGUCUGUCCCUUCCUGCUCUCUGACAGCUGUCAUUCUCUUCAUACAAUGGACCAGGAUUACUAUGAAGGGACAGACUACCUCUCCCCUGUUCCAGCUGAUGGAGAGAGGACAGAGGAGUUUGAGUAUGAGGAAGUGGAAUUGUGUCGACUCAACAGCCAAGAGAAGUUGGGGCUAACUCUUUGCUACAGAACGGAUGAAGAGGAGGAUGUGGCCAUCUAUGUCAGUGAGAUCAGUCCAAACAGCAUCGCUGCCAGAGAUGGACGCAUCCGAGAGGGGGAUCGCAUUUUACAGAUUAAUGGCCAAGAUGUACAAGACCGAGAGGAAGCAAUGGCUGCACUCUCCAAUGACGCGAGUAGGAACAUCGUACUGCUGGUUGCCAGACCUGAAUUGCAGCUGGAGGAGGCCUGGCUGGAUGAUGAGCACAGUGAGUUCCUGGAGCAGCUGAAGAUGGAAAUGUUGGAGGAGCAGCAGAGAGAGGAGAUGGAAUUGGCUGCUUUACAGGAGGAGCAGGAGAAUGAGCAGAGAGCGGAAGAUGACAAGCCCACCUGCUCGACACUUCUCCAUCAUAAGGAUAUCGUACCGAGUGCAAAAGACAGAACGGAGAAUUCGGAGCAUAAUGUCCUGGCACACAUCCAGAGACGUUUGUCCCAGUGCCUGAGAGACAAUCGGGACACGCACUGUAGCACCGGCUCCACGCGACUGGAGGACAAAGAGGAUGAGGACGAUAAUGAGACGGAGGGUGAUCGGUUCCAGCAGCUCUUGGAGCUGAAGUGUCAGAUACGUAACAGCGGUGAGUACGACCUGUUCUACAGCCGCCGCAGCACCAUUGAGUGCAGCAUUGGGGAGCAGGGCGGCGUACAGCAUGAGCUACGUAUGCUCAACGAGGAGCUGCGCAGCAUCGAACUAGAAUGUCAGAACAUCAUGCAGGCCCAUAACCUUCGUAAGGGCCAGCAGUCUCCCUCCACAGGCCACUCCGCACCCUCAACCAAAAACCAAAGCCUCCAUCGUAGUGACCCCUCAAGGGGUAAACUGACUGACAUUAAUGGGAGGCUGGAGAAAUCGGACAAGGACAGCUCCAGUGCCUAUAACACGGCAGAGAGUUCACGAAGCACCCCUCUGGCAAUGGACCGCUCCCCGGAGCACUCACUUCAGAGAAUGGUUAGCCUCACCAACCAGAGGAACCUCUGCAGCGGAUUUGCCACAGGCCCUUCUCUUAGCCCAAGCCCCAUCCCAGCAUGCCAUGCUCCAGUCCCAGGGAAAAGCAGCAGCCCUGUCCACAGCAAUCGUUUGGAGUCAAACCAGACUACUCAGGCUGAGGAGGAGAGCAAGGGGGAAUUAAAGUCACUUGCUUCACAGAUUCCGUACUUCUCUCCAUCCUACAGUUCCCAACAGAGGCAGGUCAACAUCCCAGCACACGCCCGCCACUACCAGAGCUACAUGCAGCUGAUACAGCAGCGCUCAGCUGUGGAAUAUGCUCAGAGCCAGCUCAGCCUGCUCAGUGUCUGCAAAGAGCCUCAGAGGCCCAUUAAUGAGCCCAAGAUGGAGUGGAAGGUCAAGAUCCGCAGUGACGGCACGCGCUACAUCACCAAGAGGCCUGUGAGGGACAAGAUCCUGAGGGAGCGAGCCCUAAAGAUUAAAGAAGAGCGUAGUGGGGGAAUGACCACAGAUGAUGAUGCAAUGAGUGAAAUGAAGAUGGGGAAGUACUGGAGUAAAGAGGAAAGAAAGCAACACCUAGUCCGAGCAAAAGAACAGAGGGAAAGACGAGAGUUCAUGCAGCGUAGUCGGCUGGAAAGCUUGAAGGAGAACCCUCAGAGCAGCAGCGAGGGUCGCAAGGAAGUCAGCAUUAUAGAGCUCAGCCAGAAGAAGAUGAUGAAGAAACGCAACAAGAAGAUCUUGGACAACUGGAUGACCAUCCAGGAGCUGAUGACUCAUGGUACUAAGGCCCCUGAGGGAGCUAAGGUACACAACGCCUUCCUAUCAGUCACUACUGUAUAAAACACACACAUUCUACCCCAUGCGGUAUAAUAUACUUGCCUCGUUCAAUGUGGCAUUUUUAUGAGGACAAUAGGAAUAUUUUUCACACUUUGUAACCCAAAAAGCAUUUUGUAAAGAAUUUAUCAGUGUUGUCAUGGCAUUUUCUUCAUGUUUUUCAGUAUUGUUUUUCACAUUACUCUGCGGGAAAAACAUUUUUCUAUGAAAUUACGAUUAUAUAAUUAUUUUAUUACUUCUAAACAUUUUUAUCUUUUCAAUUCUAUUUUCAUAUUUAUGUUGUUACCAUAUACUCAAAAUGGAUUUAUGGUCAUCUUAAAAAAAAAAGUUAAGCAUUUUCUUUUGUGUAUUAUGUACACUUGCCAAUUGCAGCACAAAAUGAAUCAGAGUGGGUCUCCUCCUUUUCAUUAACAGAUCUACGUAUCCUUUAAAGCUGAAGUCAGUAACUUUAAAAUGAUGAACUAGUAGUCCAGCUAGUCACAAAGUCUGUCGGUCAACCAUACAUAUCAGAAAAUUCUAUCUUAAGAACGUUUUACCAAAUAAAAAGGUGAAUUAAGUUACUAAUUUCAGCUUUAAGAUGGACACAAAUAUCUUACAUUCCAAUCAUAGUACUGUAUAACUUGCUCCUGAUGAAAGAUUGAGCAAAAACUACGGCAAGAAUGUGUUAAAUCCCUAAAAUGUAAUGAAUUUGAAAUAAAUCCAGUGACCUAAAAGGGAAAGAAUCCCCUGUGUUUCACCGCAAACUGCCAUAUUUCUUUUGUUUUGGGGCGGAAAGUUUUAGAUUACAGAACAUUGUAAAUUGUUAAUAUGAGCAAAGGUUUCUGGUCAAAAACUCAAAUAACUUUUGCUAAUAUCAUUUUUAUUAUCAGCAAUUUUAUGAAAGCAUCUUUUAAAAGUUCAAUACCUCAUGUUACAGUGAAACUCUUCACAUGUUGUUUCACUUUUCUUACAAACAAAGGAAACGAUGCUUAAAAAGCUGCUACACUGACAGGUCAAUGGAAAAACAACUGUGUGUGUGGACACAGGGAAUAUGUACUAUAUAUAUAUAUAUAUAGUACUUAUGAGAUUUGUCUUAGUGUACAGGAGCACAAACAUCCCAACGGUCCAACACAUUCAGCCAGUGCUGCAGCUUCGUUUGUAUGGUUUGCAGCUUUGGGUAAAAAAUGAUUUUGUAUUCAAUUUAAUUUUUUGCUUAAUAUUUUGAGUUUUUUUCUACAUACUCAACAGAUGGACCUGCUCACACCCGUAUUUUUACAUCAUCCACAAACACCUUUACUCAGCAUAGCCUUAACAGCAAAAACUGAACCGAUGAUACAUUUGUGUGGCAAACUGAUUUCAUACACAGUCUCUGGAUAUCUCCGUGCAACAAAGAGGUAUUAUUCAGCCUUAUUAAUACAUUGUAUGAUUUUAGUUGUUAGUAACUGGAAAAUAUAGAGUGGUUUUAUGUUUGCGGUCACAUUAAACGUGUGUUGGGAUGAUUGCCGCUGAGCAGGACUCAGAACACAGCAUAUUAAGAUCACGGAAAAACUAAACUGGUGAAACGAAUGAAUUGCCAUUUAACAGACUUUAUAUUCCAGUUACAUGUACAGUAUCCUCAUUCCAAAUGCCUCAUUUCUAACUGAAAUAUUGUACAUUUUACAUUUUAAACCGAUCCCUGUAUUUGUUUUUGAGUCAAUGUCAAUGGUCUAAUUUUGAGUAAUGCGUAGUUGGCACAUUUGUAGCCGGGUGAAAUGUGUGAUAAUGGUGAUCUUUGGAAAAGAAAUGAUAAUAAAUUAUUGUUUUUUGGUAUAACAUC